UUAUGUAUUUGACAAAAACGGCACGACGUCUCUUUUUUUUUCUCUUCCAAAUUUGUGUGCUGUUAAACAUAACCGAUCUCUCUGUUUCUAUACUCUGUUUUUUCCUCUUUCUCUCUCUCUCAUUCUGCUUCUUUUUUCCCUUAUCUGUUUCUGUUUCUGUUUCAUCUUUAGCUUUGUGUCUGAGAAAGCAGAAGAGAAAGCUAAAUACUUGUUUGGAUUUGCGCAAUGCUUUUCCUUGGAUAAAACUCGGAGGAAUAGUAUUCCUUCAUGACUAUCCAAACAUGCUCCAAUUAUUUUCCUGGGUUCUUGUCUUUAUUUGGCAUCAUUCUGUAACCUAAUCGCAAUGUUGCUUCUUGAAAAAGGGCUGACUUUAUUUUUGGUCAACGAAAGCUAAAAGAUUCUAAAGGUGAAAGAAAUUUAAAGGGUUUAGUGUUCAAAAAAAAAGAAAAAAAAUUUAAAGGGUUUUAUAUAGUUGAGAUGGCGACUUUAUCAGAUAUUGGAGUAGCGGCUGCAAUAAACAUUCUAAGUGCUUUGAUAUUCCUUUUGCUAUUUGCAAUCUUGAGGAUCCAACCAAUCAACGAUAGGGUUUAUUUCCCUAAAUGGUACUUAAAAGGUCUUAGGAGCAGCCCGGUUACUUCGGGUGCUUUUGUGACCAAAGUUGCGAAUUUUGAUUUCGGAUCUUACAUACGGUUCUUAAACUGGAUCCCCGCGGCGCUCAAGAUGCCAGAAGCUGAACUUAUUGAUCAUGCUGGUUUGGAUUCUGCCGUCUACUUGAGGAUUUACUUGAUUGGACUUAAGAUCUUUGUUCCGAUCGCAUUACUUUCAUGGUCAAUUCUGGUACCUGUCAAUUGGACUAGUGAUGGACUGCAGCUAGCACAACUACGUAAUGUAACAUCGAGCGAUAUCGAUAAGCUUUCGAUUUCAAAUGUCAUAUAUGGAUCAGACAGGUUUUGGGCGCAUCUUGUGAUGGAAUACGCAUUCACAUUCUGGACUUGUUAUGUUCUUAUGAAUGAAUAUGAGAAAAUAGCUUCAAUGCGGUUAGCAUUUCUCCAAUCCGAAAAGCGACGUGCUGAUCAAUUCACCGUUCUGGUUAGGAACGUACCACCGGACUCACACGAGUCAAUUAGCGAAAAUGUGGAGCAUUUCUUUAUGGUUAACCACCCGGAUCAUUAUCUUACAAAUCAGGUGGUUUACAAUGCAAAUGAAUUGGCUGGCUUAGUAGAAGAGAAGAAGAAAAUGCAGAACUGGUUUGAUUACUACCAACUGAAGUAUACAAGAAACAAGGAACACAGGCCAAGAGUAAAGUUGGGGUUUCUUGGUCUAUGGGGAAAGAAAGUAGAUGCAAUGGAUCAUUAUACAGCUGAGAUCGAGAAGCUAAGCGAGCAGAUAAUGGCAGAAAGGAAGAGAGUAAAGAAAGACGAAAAUGGUGUAAUCCCAGCAGCUUUUGUCUCUUUUAAAACACGUUGGGGCGCUGCGGUUUGCGCACAGACCCAACAGACAAAGAAUCCAACCGAGUGGUUAACCGAAUGGGCUCCCGAGGCAAGAGAAGUGUAUUGGCCAAACCUUGCCACGCCUUACGUGUCUCUCACGGUGAGGAGAUUUGUAAUGCACGUUGCCUUCUUCUUCCUCACUUUUUUCUUCAUCAUCCCAAUCGCAUUUGUGCAAUCCCUUGCGAGUAUCGAAGGUAUCCAAAAAUCCGCUCCGUUCCUCAAUACCAUCAUAGAAAAGAAGUUUAUUAAAUCGGUGAUCCAAGGGUUUCUUCCCGGUAUUGUCUUGAAGCUCUUUCUGAUAUUUCUGCCGACGAUCUUGAUGAUCAUGUCGAAAUUCGAAGGUUUUGUUUCAAUAUCAUCAUUAGAGAGAAGAGCCGCUUUCAGAUAUUAUCUAUUCAACCUUGUGAAUGUUUUCCUCGGUAGCAUAAUCACCGGAUCUGCAUUUGAACAGCUAGAUUCUUUCCUUAAACAAUCCGCUGAUCAGAUUCCACGGACGGUUGGGGUAGCCAUUCCAAUAAAGGCAACGUUCUUUAUAACGUAUAUAAUGGUUGAUGGUUGGGCCGGUGUGGCUGGAGAGAUUCUUAGGUUGAAACCGUUUGUCAUUUUCCAUUUGAAGAACUUCUUCUUGGUGAAAACUGAAAAAGAUAGAGAAGAAGCAAUGGAUCCGGGACAGAUUGAUUUUUAUGCAACGGAGCCUCGGAUUCAACUCUACUUCCUCCUUGGUCUUGUCUAUGCUCCAGUCACACCCGUUCUACUUCCGUUCAUCAUCUUCUUCUUUGGUUUCGCUUACCUCAUCUUCCGUCAUCAGAUCAUAAAUGUGUAUAAUCAAGAGUAUGAGAGCGCGGCUGCGUACUGGCCGGACGUCCAUGGACGUAUAAUAUCAGCAUUGAUCAUCUCUCAAAUCCUUUUGAUUGGAUUAAUGAGCACAAAAGGAAAAGCUCAGUCCACGCCUUUUCUUGUCAUUCUACCCAUUCUCACCAUCGGUUUUCACCGGUUCUGCAAAGGCCGGUAUGAAUCUGCAUUCGUCGUUAACCCUUUGCAGGAAUCUAUGAUUAAGGAUACGUUGGAACGCGCAAGAGAGCCCAACUUGAAUCUUAAAGGGUUUCUUCAAAACGCAUAUAUUCAUCCAGUUUUUAAAGACGAAGAAUGCGAAGAUGACCAGUAUGAGGAACUUAACGAGGAUUCGGAUGACGAAAAUUGUGUAGUUGUACCUACCAAGCGUCAGUCUCGAAGAACCACCGCUAGCAGCAGCAAUCCGAAUGGUGGUUCGUCACAACCCCUGUCUUGUAAUCAACCUGACACUGGUAAAGGAAAACCGGAGCCUUGAUGUUCAAUGAGUAAAUCAUUAUAACGUUUUGGUUGUAUAUUCAGUACUAAAAGAAACAUAAUUGAUGCAUAUAUAUCAUUUUGUUUGGAUUUUUGUGAACAGUUUUGUAUAUUUCAAUGCUUGUCAUUCUGUUGUAUGAGUUUGUUGUCACUAUUCUAUUACACGAUUGUAUAAAAAAAAGAGAAAUUCUUACCUCUAGAUUCACCGACCAAUAGUGUUUGAGUA